AUGAGGCUACUUGCGCUGCUCGUCGUCGUGGCGGCGUGCUGGUCAUCCGGUCAUUGCCUCCGCAUCGACAAGAAAACGGGUGCCUAUGAGGACAUCGUGGUCGCCAUCGACAAAUCUGUGGAGCCCGACGAGCGAAUUAUCGACAAUAUCAAGGCCCUGUUCCGUUCUGCUUCGACGUUCCUCCACCGAGCGACGCGAGGUCUGGUCCACUUCGGCAGCGUGACCAUCGCCAUACCGGACACGUGGCCCGCCGGACCAGGAGCGCUGAACACCACGGCCAACAUGUUCCCGGUGGCUGACCUGAGGGUGGCCGCGGAGAACCCGCAGUACGGUGACACUCCGUACACGCUGCAGCCACGUGGAUGUGGUGAGCGUGGGGAGUACGUCCACCUGACGCCACGCUUCCUGGGCGACAUGAACGGCUCCAUAGCCGAGGCCUACGGCAGUCCAGCCUACUUGCUGGUGCAUGAGUGGGCUCACUUCCGGUACGGAGUGUUCGACGAGUACGGCGACCCGGAGAGCUACCGGUACCCGAGCCUCUACUGUGAGUUCGGCAUGGUACGCGCCAGCGCCUGCUCGCAGCGCCACAAAUUCAAGGUGUACACGGAUUCCGGACAGCCUUGCCGCAUCUACAAAGGUUGCCGCGUAUCGUCCAAGUGCAAGUCCCGCUUCUUGAGGAACGACAAGGACCCGGUCACAUCGUCCAUCAUGUUUAUGCCUUACAUCAACGGAGUAACAGAAUUUUGUGACAAGGACGGUGAGAGGAAGCACAACGCUCACGCUCCCAACAAGCACAACCACCUUUGUGGGCGCAAGUCGGUCUGGGAAGUGAUCACGACCAACGACGAUUUCAAAGGAAUCGCUCCCGCUGACUUCUCAAAGAACGUCGUCGUCCACUUCACUGAAGUCCAGAAACGUGAAAGCAUCCUAGGCAGGGCUAUAUUCGCUCUCGACGUCUCGAGCAGCAUGGCGGACCAUGACCGCAUCGGGCACGUGAGAGAAGCGGCGAGCCACUACAUCCGAGACGUGGUACCGGACCGCUUGGAAGUGGGGCUAGUCGUCUUCAGCUCCAGAGCGUACGAGAAGGCGACGCUGACAUCUAUAAAUCAGUCCACGCGUGAAGAACUGGUUGCGAAGGUGCGGCAGCUGGGAGCUAGCGGGGAUACAUGCAUCGGCUGCGCCUUGCGGCAUGCUCUAGAGAUGUUCCAGGAAAACGGGCAGUCUGCGGCAGGUUCCGUCAUCAUCCUCAUGACCGACGGAGGCGAAAAUGAAGGGCCUUAUAUCAAUGAAGUCUUGCAUCAACUGAUCGGCGCUCAGGUGGUGGUCAACACCAUCGUCUUCGGCACCGAGGCCGAAAAGAAGCUGGAAGAGCUUUCCCUGCUCACCGGAGGCAAGGCUUUCGCCCUCCGGGACGGCCAGUCCAGCGCAACUACCGCCCUCGAGUCCGCCUUCCUGGACUCGACAACUGCCAUCUUGGAUGACGACAAAAAGCCGGUCGUGAUCUUCGAGCAAGCGGCCAACAUUCUGGACAGGCGAGAGUUCCCGAUCCUGGUGGAUGCCGACCUGGGAAACUCGACAACCGUUGCGGUGCAGUCCAGCAAGGCGUACGGCCUUGACGCGGGGCUUCGCAAUCCCGACGGCGAGACCUGCCAGGACUGCCUGAAGUCCGGCCACGCAAACAGCGGGAGCUACAUUAACUUCAGGAUACCCGGCAUUGCUGCGCCGGGCACAUGGACCUUGGUGGUGUCAAGGAAGACACUGGGCGGUGAAGCGCUCAACGUCUACGUCCGUGCCACGUCUCUGGUUGGCGAUUGCGGCAAGAAGCCUGUUCUAGUGCGGGCAUUCCUGAAGCAAGUCGAGGUGAACAGCGCCAUGGAAGCCGUCGUGUACGCGGAGGUCACCAAAGGCGCGCAGGUGGUCCUACACGCCAAGGUCACCGCUACCGUCAUCAGACCGAAUAUGCCUCACGAAGUCGAUGUGGAGCUAUUCGACGAUGGCCUCGGCGCUGACGUCACAGCCUACGACGGCAUCUACAGCGGCUACUUCACGCAGUUCGACGGCAUUGGCCGCUACUCCGUCUCGGUGCGCGUCGUCAGCGGCAACGACUCCGUGGUCGUGCGAGGGCGGAAGGCAUCCGGAGGUCUUCCCACAACACGGGUGCCAGAAGACCCGGCCACCGCUGCAGCCACGGCACUCAGAAACGAAUCUGUGGGCAUUCCGUUCGACCAGUUCGUCUACGUGGACCAAGACAUCGAAGAGGCCGAACCGCAGAUCGUUUCCAGCGAAAAGGCGCCCGAGUUUGUGCGUCACGCCGAAGCUGGGUCAUUCCGGGUCGCCAGCGAGAUCGACACGUUGAAGAUACCGCCGGGUUCCAUUGAGGACAUGAGAGCCGAUGAUUCUUUCGUGCAUCAGGACGGCAAGCAUGUGGUCAUCUUGUCCUGGACCUGCCCGGGAGCACACCUGAACUAUGGAAACGCUUCCCGAGUCGAUCUCAGAGUGAGUACGCCCUUGCGCGACCUCCUUGCGGACUUCGACAAGGCUCCCGAGAUCCGCAACGACUCCACGGGGCGAUGGAACAUUGUUCCGGCGGCCGUCGGCUCCAGGCAACGACUGCAGAUCUCUGUUCCCAGCGAGCUCGUAGAAGUCGCGAAGAACAAAUCGCUCGUGGACUUUUACUUCGCGGCCCGAGUGUGGAACGUCGAGGGACUGUCCUCGCCGGUGUCCAACAUUGCGAGGGCGUGA